UUUUAAAAGUAACAUUAAAGUUACUUAGGCAAACCUCGCUUUAAAAAAAUGCAGCCCAUCUGCUUUUAAUAUUUGUUACUGCUGAAACUCUUCAGAUGCUUGUUUGUUCCUGGCUAUGAUAAGACUAAAGUUAACAAAGUGUACAAGAAGUGCUUGGCCUCAAGGAUUAAAACGUUGUGGGACCCCGGCUGUUGCAUACUCAGGGAAUAAGCCAGUUUAAAAUACAUCUUGAGUGGUCUCUAAAGAAAAAUAAUGAAUGUAAACAUUUUUGUUUUGUUCUUCCUAAUUCUCAACCUGUGUGUUAUUCUUGGUAAGAGGGAUAUUAAGGCAACAAAUAGGGGUCAGAGAAGGAGGCUCCACCCUCAAGGACAGCAAUAUGUUGGCUUUGUGAAUCGCAAUUUGGCCAGACAAUCCAAACCUAGACAUUUACAUCCUCCUGCAAAAGCUCCGAACAUUAAUGCAGAUGAAAGCAUGAUAACCUUCCUUGACUCAUAUAUCGGAGUUGAUGAAACUGAGUCCAACUACAAUGUAUUACCAGGCAUACGAGGACAUUGCAAAGCAAAUGGGAUGAUUAUGUAUGACAAGGCAGUCUGGUCUCCAAAACCAUGUCUAACCUGUCUGUGUUCAAGUGGAAAAGUGGUUUGUGAUGAAAUGAGCUGCCCCAUCUUAAAAUGUGGAAGGACCAUAAUACCAACAGGAGAAUGCUGCCCAAUUUGUACUUCAUUUGAGCCAAAUGAUCCAGGUGAAACAUAUCAUCCAGUGAUCCCCAGUAAUCAAGAUGAGUACUUGGAACGAGAAAAGCAACUAAGGAGAGGAAAAGAAGAAUUGGAAGAAGAGCUAAGCAGAAAAGGUGAACAGCAGAAAAGAGAGAGUGAAGAGGAAAAGCACAAUGAAGAAGAAAAGCAAAGAGAACUUGAAGAAUCCUAUCAUAGGGAAGAAACACUACGACAAAUGGAAGAGGAAGAACCUCAAAAGGUGUUGGCAGAGGAACAGAAGAAUCUACGUGAAGAAAUUCAGGGGAGCAAAGUAAAGGAAGAAAAGCAACAACUUGAAAAAGAAAUCAGAAAUCAUUCAAAAACUAUAGAAGAGGAAGAAGAACAGGAUGAUGAAUAUGAUGAAUAUGCUGGAUAUAAUAAUCGCAAUGAGAAUGAAGAGGAGCAGCAAGUGAAGGAACAAGAGGAGGGGAAGGAAGAGGAGGAGGAGGAAGAGCAGCAGCAAGUGGAAGAACAAGAAGAGAAGGAGGAGGAGAAAGAGGAGAAGGAAGUGGAGGAGGAGGAAGUGGAGGAAGAUGAUGAACAAGAGGAGGUGCAAAAGGAGGGGUCUGAGGAAGAGGAAGAUGACAAUGCAGAAUAUUCUGGGUUAUCAUUAUUUCCUUCCAUAUUAGGACCAACUCCAUAUCAUCCAGAUGAAGAACCCCCUAGAUUUUCUCUCCCAAUUGGCUGCGAUAUCACGGAUAUCGCUAUAAAUUGCUAUAAUGCCAAGUUGACUCAAAUACCUCCACUUAGUGACCUUGGGCUUAGAAAUCUAUAUCUUGCAGGAAAUUCAAUCACUACUAUUCCAGCAGGAGCAUUCAAUGGGAUUCCUAAUCUCAAACUGAUUGACCUCAGCAGAAAUAAGAUUCGUUUUUUAAGCAUAGAUCGAGCAGCAUUCAAAAGAUUAAAAAAACUGGAACGUCUAUACAUGGAUCAAAAUUUGUUGAUCCAGAUCCCUCCUCAACUCCCUCGAACACUUGUUGAAUUAAAAAUAAAUGACAACCUUCUUCAACGAUUGGAUGAAGAAACUUUCCAGGGUCUAGGUAAAAUAGUCAACCUGGAACUGGAAGGUAAUAAGCUCAGUGAAAAUAAUGUUCAACCAUUGGUCUUCAGACCUCUUAAGCGACUGGCUUACUUACGACUGGGAAAAAAUAAAUUUAGAACCAUACCACAAGGUCUUCCUCCUUCCAUCGAGGAGCUUUACCUUGAACAAAAUGAAAUUGAAGAAAUAUCUGAAGUUAGUUUGAAUAAGACAACCAAUUUGAAUGUAAUGGUUCUAAGGAAUAAUAAGCUUGAUGAAACAAGGAUAUCACAAUUUGCUUGGAUAAAGCUCGAGAACCUAGAAUAUCUGGAUCUCUCACACAACAAGAUAAUCCAUGUUCCAUCACACCUACCCAAAGGUCUGCUGUAUCUUAUACUUGUUCAUAACCAGAUUGAAAGAAUUCCAGGCUUCGUGUUUGCUCACAUGAAGCCAGGAUUAGAAAUCUUGUACCUCUCUUUCAACAAGCUAACCAGCAAUGGAAUUGACCCAGUUUCUUUCUUUGGCACUUACAAAUCUAUGAGAGAACUGUUUUUGGAUCACAAUAUGUUGAAAAAAAUUCCUGUUGGAAUUGCUGAAAUGAAGGCACUUCACUUUCUGAGACUGAAUGACAACUUAAUCAGGAGCGUUCCACUGGAAUCCAUCUGCAUUGCAAAUGAUCAAGAUGACUCAAAUAUUCGAACACUUCAUCUUGAAAACAAUUACAUAAACACACGGAGAAUCCCACCAACUGCCUUUUGCUGUGUAGAAUUAUAUUCAAGUAUUAUCUUGACACCACAAAAGGUCAAAAAAUAACUAUUCCAAAUGUGGAAAUCAUUUUUAUCCAUAAAUGUUUUGAGGCAAAAAUUUUGUUUGAUAUAUGACUUAAAUUGUAGUUGGUUAAGUUGGUUGCAGACAAGCUACAGUGGGUGUGUGAGGAUGGCUCAAGACGGUGGAGCAUGGCAUAGCAUGCCAUUAGAUCUCCUGGCAGGAGUAACUACAAGCAGCAGCAGCUUAUGAUUUAAAUAUUCUUGUUUAUCUGUGCUCCUGUCAAAACAAAUGUAACUGUUUCCCACAUACCAACAAGAAACUUACACUAAACCUAUAUCUAGUUUACAGUUUAUGUUAAUCAUUACUUAUGCAUCCAUUAUAGCCAACAAAGAACAUAUGGAUACGUAAUAAAACUCAUUUGUAGGUCCCUCAAUCAUUUAAUGAAUGUUACUUAGAAAUUAAGUUUGAUUUGCUAUGUAUCAUCCCUUGAAACUAUUCUUUGUGUCAUAGGCAUAAUUUGUGUGUUCCUUUUUACUGCCCGUGAUGAAUAUGUUUCUGUGUAAAAGGUGUGUAUUUUCUUAUCCUCAGAAUGAUUGUCCCAAUUUAAAUAACUCCAGCACUAAGCUUUUUGUGAGUUUUAAACAAGAAGUUCAUUUAUUAUCACAUACUUGUUCCGAAUGUUUAAAAUGCAAUGUCUCACUCACUUGACUCACACACAAAAAAUUUAGAUACAGACGAAGGUAGAAGGUCAGCCAUGAUCUCAUUGAAUUGCAAAGUAGGCUCGAAGGGCGAAAUAGCUCACUUCUGCUCCUAUUUCUUAUGUUCUUAUGUAGGUAAAACAAUACAAUUACAAUUUAUGAUUA